CAACACAAACCGAGACGAAAUGAGCUAAUUGAUUUAUUCUGAAGAGUUGUAGCAGUGAAGCGUGAACGUUGAAAAGUCCGUGAGAACAAUAAAGUACAAUUGUAUUUAAGUAGACAUAUACCUAAACCCGGAAGUGCACUGCGAGUCAGGGUAGUGACCAGCAGAUGGCGGUCUUGACAUGUAAAACGGACAGCAGGCCUGUGAUGGAGAGACGUGGGACUUUUCCAUCCUGGGAACCAGAGUGGACCUUUUUCCCUCCGUUGUGCCGGCACAACCCAGAGAGCCCGACAGACAAAGAGGAACCCCCCGGCCCAGAUCUUCAUCUCUAAUCCCCCCUGCCUCACUUCCCCAGCCCUCCAGGUUCACCUCGUACAACAGACUUCCCCUCCGAGCUGCAGCCUGAAGGGGAGAAGUGGUGGGGGGGGGGGGGGAUACAGUUUCUGGACAACAAUGGAAACUCAAUCAGGAAAUGGAGAGGAGGUGGCGAGCGCAGCGUCGGCGACCUCGGGCUCCGUUUCCCGUCGUCCCUCUGGGCCGCAGGUCGACGAGCCGGCGCUCCGAGAGGACCUGCAGGCGGCCAAGAGGAUCGAGAGGUUCCACAUCCCGCUUGACAGUCUGAAGAGGAUGUUUGAGAAGCCGGCUGCGGCGAGCGCGGAAGUGACAGUGAUCAACACCUCCCCGUCCAAAAGACUGACGUCCAGUGGCGUCCCGCCGGCCGACCGGUCCACAGAUCAGACCAUGGCCUCGCCUCAGGACUCCGCUCUCGGCAGCGCAGCUAGAUCCAGACCGGGACGUCCCGAGGAGAGGCCCCUGAGCGCCGAGGACCCGGAGGCCGAGCCGGUGUCGGUGAAGGAGCGGCUGGCGAUGUAUCAGGCGGCCGUGUCCAAGAAGGAAACCAGCAGCUGCAGCUCUGCCGCGGCGAUGGAGGAGUCCGAGGCGUGUUCGCUGCCCGGGGGCCUGGCCAGCGUGAAGAGGCAGUUCGAGAACCAGGAGUUUGCGUCUUCGUCCUCGCAGUCCAGCAGCGUCACGCAGGUUCACUUCCAACAGAAGUCUGUCCAGGAAAUGUCAAGCUCCUCAGAGGUGAUGGUGAGAAGCAGCGUCAGAGAGGUCGUCCCCACCACGGACCUCGUCCACAGCGGACAGGAGGUGGUCCAUGAUCAGAGAGUCCAGCAUAACACUGUGUCCGGCAGUUAUGGGAACCAUUACAAUGAAACAGUUAUGCUUGUCGGAGGAGAGGACCCACCAAAGGUUUCCACUCAGGCUUUGAAGCAGCAGUAUGAAAAGACGGUGGAGGAAGCUGCACCAGCCAAGGAAAUUAAGGUCCAUGUGGAUUUCAACGAGUUUCAGUGGACGCCGGUGAAGAACCAGUCGUCCAAAGCUUCAGCGGCGACGAGCUAUGUCACAUCCUCCACCGUGAAGACGGCCGCCGCAUCGUCGUCAUCAGCGGCGUCAGCGGCUUCUGAGGUGACUGAGCAUUUCCCUCCCCCUCCCUCAAACCUGGCGCAGGAAGUCCCAGAGUACGCCGUCUCUUCCCAGGAAUCAUCCUCCCAACAGAAGCAGACUGUCACUAGAGAACAGUACUUCAAACACAAGAGCAUGGCGGAGCUCAAGCGCCUCUACAAACACAUUCACCCGGAAGUCCGCAAGAACCUGGAGGUGGACUUCUUGAGCCAGCUCACCGACGCAGAGAAGACGGACCUGGAGAGUGAAGAGAUGCUGGGCGAGGUCCAGCAGGCGCGCUACAUUUUCGAAAAUGACGGCAACAGCUCGAGUAGAUGCUCGAGCCCCGACAGGGAGUCGGUGGAGUGGGACGAGAUCCUCCGAGGGGAGGUGCAGUCCAUGCGCUGGAUGUUCGAAAACAAACCGCUAGACGCGAUCAAAGACGACGCGCCCGAUGACAACGAGGUGAGUAACAUCGCUCAGCAGGAAAUCAUCGCUGGCAAAGAUGUCAGGUACACAGCGUGGAUGUUUGAGACGCAGCCCAUGGACGCCCUCGGGACGGAAGCGGCUAAUUCGACGGAGCAGUCGCAAAAGUCGUCCGAUCUGGCGAGAGGCGACGUUCGCACGGCAACGUGGCUCUUUGAGACGCAGCCGCUGGAUUGCCUGAACAAGAUCUACCUGGAAGACGAGCAGGAGGCAGACGGCGGCGGCGCCGUCGGCAGGGACAUCACGGGAGGAGACGUGAAGACCGCCAGGUAUCUCUUUGAGACGCAGCAUCUGGAUUCCCUCGGCAAAACGGAGACCAUCGAGGAGAGCCACUUUCUGAACCUGAAGUCCGAGCUGGAGGAGAUCAAGGGCGAAGUGAAGACGACCACUCGCAUGUUCGAGACGCAGCCCAUGUGUGUGAUCAGGGGGGAUUCAGGAGAGAUGCUGGAGAUCACCACGAUCCGCAGGGAGGAGACGGAGAGAGGCGACGUGAAGACGUCCCGCUGGAUGUUUGAAACGCAGCCGCUGGAUCUGAUCAACAAAGACCCAGCGAAGGUCAAGCUGAUCUGUGGCAUUUCCAUGGAGGACAACGCUCAAGGCAGCGUGAAUAAAGGCAGAUGGCUAUUUGAGACCAAGACCCUCGACACCAUUAAGGAUGAGGAGUGGGAGAUUUCCAGGAAGCAGAAGGAAGACAUAAUCGGAGCUGACGUGAGGAGACACUGCCUGGUUUUCGAGACUCAGCCCAUGGACACGCUGAAGGACAACGCCAACGCCCAGCCGCUGCACUCCGAGGAGAUCGUGGGCGGCGACGUCCGCUCGGCGAAACAUCUGUUUGAAACUGUUCCCAUGGAAAAUCUGAAAGAGCUGCUUGAGGUGGGGAAACUUCAGAAAACGGUCGCAUCUGAGGAAGAAAAGGGCGACGUGAGGCAUCAGAAGUGGGUCUUUGAGAGUCAGCCACUGGAGAACAUAAGGGAGGAGAAGAAGGAAAUCACCAGAACGGUGAACAUCGAAUCUCUCGAACAGGGAGACGUGACGAACUACAAAGAAAGGUUUGAAAGUAUGGAUUUAAGCAAGUGUGAGGGAACGCAGAAAAUUCAAGUUGAAGGCGUCACAAGUGGUUCAGUCAAGUCCAACAGAGUUCUUUUUGAAUCCACCCCGAUGUAUGCGAUGCAAGACAGCGCCGGCCACUACCACGAGGUGAGGACCGUGAGGCGGGAGGAGAUUGUGAAGGGGGACGUGCGCAGCUGCAGGUGGAUGUUUGAAACGCGCCCGAUCGACGAGUUCGACGACAGCAUCAGUAAGUUUCAGAUCAUUAAAGGCAUUUCCAAAGAGGAGAUCGAGUCCGGGGACGUCAAAACAGCCAAGUGGUUGUUCGAAACUCAGGCGCUUGACACCAUUAAAUUUGAGGAUGAAGAACAUAAAACCAAGGAGGGAAUUGAAAUAGAGAAAGGCGACGUGAAGACCUGCAGGUGGCUGUUUGAGACUCAGCCGAUGGACGUGCUGUAUGAAAAGACGGAGAAGAGUGAGGCUGACGUGGAGGUGGUGCAGAGAGGUGACGUGAAAACGUGCACUUGGCUCUUUGAGACGCAAACGCUCGACAACAUUCGUGAUCACACCGAGUCGGAGACCGUUCUGAAAACCUGCACCGUCAACCAAGAAGACGUCCAAGGGAAAGACGUGCGACUGGCUCGCUUCCUCUUUGAAACCGAGAACCUUGAAAACCUCACGGGCGAGGACGGCGGCGGCGGCUCCUUCAGGAGGGUCACGGAGAUCGACGUCCAGUCAGGCGACGUGUCCAGGAUGAAGUACAUCUUCGAGAACCGCUCCUCCGACAUCUCGAGCUCCACCUCCGAGGACACGAUGCAGCGGCUGAAGACGCAGCAGGCCGAGGACAUCCAGGGGGGGAACGUGGUCAACUGCACCUGGAUGUUUGAGAACCAGCCGAUCGACGCCAUCCGCGACGACGUCACACAGGCGAGGGACGCUCGCACGGUGAUCGACGUCCAGGGAGGCGACGUCGACAAAGGCCGCUUCAUUUUCGAGACGUUCUCUCUGGAUCAAAUCAGAGAGGAGUCCGCUGAGACGGACAUUUCAAAACUCACGAGCAUCUUCAGAGAUGAAAAGGAGAGGGGAGAUGUGAAGAACUACACCAUGAUGUUUGAAACCCAGCCGCUGUACGCCAUCUGUGACAAGGAGGGACAUUACCAUGAGGUAACCACGGUUACCAAGGAGGAAGUGAUGAGAGGGGACGUGGUCGGGGCCCGGUGGCUGUUUGAAACAAAGCCGCUGGAUUCGAUCAGAGAUUCCGAGGAGGUGUAUGUUAUUAAAGCUGUGACCGAGGAAGGCAUCAACCAAGGGAACGUCAGCGGCGCCAGGUGGAGGUUUGAAACUCAGCCUCUGGACCAGAUCGCGGAGGAAAUGAAAGUGAGGUCAAAAACCGUCGCCGACGUCCGAGGCGGCGACGUGAAGACGAACACGCAGCGGUUCGAGGCCGACGAGAUGUCACAGAAGUACAUCAGGACCGUCAGCGUGAGCGAAAUCCAGAAGGGCGACGUCAGAUCUGCCACGUGGAUGUUUGAAACGCGCACGAUGGACGAGAUCCACGGCGAGGGCGUCGAGUGCGACGGCAUGGAGAGAGUGACGAAGGAGGAAGUGAUGAAAGGGGACGUGAAACAGUCUGUGUGGCUCUUUGAGAAGCAGCCUCUCGACAGUAUCAAGGACACGGACGGCACAGAGCUCGCCGCGACAAGGGAGGAAAUCCCGCAGGCCGACGUGAAGACCACGACAUGGCUGUUUGAAACCACGCCCUUCCACGAAUUCAACGAGAGCAGCCUGGAGAGGACAGAAAUAAUGGGUAAAAGCGUCAAAGAGACACUGGAGGAGCUGUACUGUCGGAAAAUGGUGGACUCACAAGGAAUCCUCAUCGAGGCGGACGAGAUCGGUGACGUCCGCAUGGCCAAGUACAAACUCAUGAAUCAGGACGCUCCGCAAAUCCAGAGAGAGGAGAUUAUCAGAGGGGAUCUGGGCAACAUAAUGAUGAACCUGCUGAACCGCGGCGAGAGCACGGAGAGGGGGAUAACUGUCGACAGGGAGGAGCGGGGGAACGUCAACACCACGCUGAAGCAGCUGCUCAGCCAGGAGAAGGGAAUCAAUGUGGAAAAAGAGGAAAUUAUCCGCGGUGACAUUCAAGAGGCCAUCAACAAUCUGCUCAAGAGCGAGGGCUCCUCCAAGCGUGGCAUUCUGAUCCAGGAGGACGAGAAGGGAGACGUGCGGAUGACGAUCUAUUCCCUGUUAAACAAAGGUGAGCGGGCGAGCGCGGAGAAAGAGGAUAUCAUUCAGGGGAAUGUCAGCAGGACCCUCCACCGCCUUCUCUCCAACUCGGGCGGGGAAGACUCUAAAAAGAUAAAGGUGGGAGACACGGAGAGGGGCAAUGUCAGCUUUUACUCCACCUGCAUCGAGUCCGGAGCCUUGGACUACCUGAAACAGCUUCAGAGCCAUUCGGGCGAAGCCCAGGAACAGGCGGAAAAGGAGCUCAUCGUCGGAGGUGACAUUGAAGAGACCAAAAUACUGCUGAGGAAGAACCAGCAGCACAUUGGUCGCACGGUGGCCGAGGACGAUAUCGUCCCCGGCGACGUGAACAGCAUCGUUCAAGCCUUCAUGACGGAGCGCGCGGUCGACUACGGGAACCAAGAGGCGAUGGACAUCGUCAAAGGCGACCUGAGCGCAGUCCUGGAUUCACUGAGCCAGGCCGUCAACCAGAGGGUGGUGAUAGAGAAAGAGGAGGUGGUGAAGGGAGACAUACCGACCACUCUGAGGUCUCUGGAGGAGGCUCAGCAUCACGCCAAAGACGUGGAGAAGCCCGAAAUCGUCAGGGGCGACAUCAGAAGUGCCCUGGAGUCGCUGGAGAAAUCCGCAACCGCCAAAAGUGAAGUGACUGUGGAGGAUUUAGUGCCGGGCGAUGUCAGGGGGACCCUGAGGUCCCUGGAGGAGGCGACGCAGGCCGUGAAAGAGGUGGAGAGAGAGGAGAUCGUCAAGGGAGACAUCCACACCGCCAUGCAAAGUUUACACGAGGCGUCGAGCGAGAAGAAGGUUUACCAGCAUCAGGUCAGCGAACAGGGCGACGUCAGAGGCACCAUCCAGCUGCUGCUCGAGCCCACGACGUCGCCGAGAAUGCAGCGCAGGGGGAGCACGGAGGGAGACGUGAGGACAUCCAUAAAGUGUCUGUACGAGGGACAGGAGACGGCACAGCUCGAACGAGAGGAGGUGGUAAAGGGGGAUGUUCAAGGGGCGAUAAAGUGCCUCAUGCAGAGGAAACAGUAUUCAAAUCCAAAACGUCCUCCCAAGAGAGCAAAAGUGCCCGUGAAAAAUCCACUAACCGCAAAGCAGGGGGAGCGUGAAUGCUUACACGAGGGCGAGAGCGCGAGUGCAGCAGUCAAUCAGGCCCCCGCUGUGAGAAACCUCUCUCAGAGCAGUGAGUCACAGAGGCACACGCAGAGGCACGACCACAGCAAAUCAGUGAAAACACAGGUAACAGCCCAAGAGGAGCACCGCGCCGCUGUGGCCACGACAGACGCCGCCACCGCUCAGCCGAAGAGCGCGAAGGAGCAGAAACAGAAAAUACAGGCUCCAAAGACUGCGACCAUGAAGAAACACGUGAGUGAUCAAACGGAGGCGAGGGCGGCCGACGUGACGGAAGACACCAGAGUCGCGUCACAGACGCAUGUCUCCAAGAAGCAGGUGAGCGAGACGAGGGCGAUCCACCAGGUGCAGACGAGCGUGAGGGAGAAGACCGUGGUGCACAGGCAGAGCGCCAAGGUGUCGGAGCAAAUGUCCACGUCUCACAAGCAAACGGAGAAUCAGUCUCUGGCAGAGAAAUCUACCGCCACACAGAACUUGAAGGGCGAUCAGUGUCACCGCGACGCCAGAGGGAAAGGUCCGGUCAAAAAGGCCAAAGCGGAGAUUCACUUCCCCCCUCCGCCCGCUUCACCUCCUCCGCCCUCAGAGUCAGAGCUCUCCCUCCCUCCGCCGCCAUCCCCGGUGCUGGAGAGCCCGGCGUUCCCCUCCUCGUCCCGGCCUUUUGUCAUGCAGGACAGUGACCUCCCACCUCCGCCCCCUCCCGUGGAAGGCAUAAAGUCUGAGCCUGACUUCUAUCUCCCUCCUCCUCCGCCUCCUCCGCCUCCAUCCUCCGCAGGCGGACAAGAUUUUCUCCCUCCACCUCCCUCACAGCAAGAGCUUAAUGCGAUGCCUCAGCCUCCCCCCGCCAAGCCGGGCAAACCCAUCAGCAGGCCUCUAUUCAAAGUGCCCAAGCAACCAGAAACACAGAAGCAGCCGGCACAAGUUAAACCCAAGUGGCAGAAAAAGCAGCCAGCUCCUCCACCACCUCCACCUCCACCUCCUCCUCCUCAGCUGCCUCCACCUGCUCAACAAACAGCAGCGUCAACGGAGCACAAAGAAGAAGCCAAAGUUCAGGAAGUGAAAAAGGAAACGAGCCAACGGAUGGAAACCAGCAAACAGGUUCAGUGUGAAUCGACGACGGUGUCGGCAACGAAAAUACCAAACAUCCCGGUUGUGAAACCUUCGCAAAAAGAACGCAAAGCGUUCGUGCCUCCGAUCAAACUGCCUCCUCCCCCCGACCCCGCUCCGACCCCGAAGGCCAGGCCUUACGCCCGCAAAUUCAAAACCCCUCUCAUGCUCGCAGAGGAGAGGUUCCGCCAGCAAAUGCUGGAGAGAGAAGAUUUGGAGAAGAGUAACGUCACAACUCCCACGUCUCCGCCGAUCACCAUCCCCCCCUCCUCUGCAGCCGGCGCCGAGCUUCCCUCCGCACAGAGCUCCGAGAGGGCCGUGGCCACGGAGCAGACCAGACAAGAGGUCGAGGAGGUCGAGGCGGUUUCCAAAAAAGAAAUGACGUCUCCACCCUCACCUGCGAAGAAAAGCCCUUCCCAGAUUCCUCUGGGCAAACCCUCCAUCUCGGCCGUGAAUAAGAAAUCAAACGUGUCUGUGGAAAAGAAGCACGUUGCCGGCGAGGAUUCCUCAGCUGGGGCCGUUAAAAAGACUCAGACAGCAGCCAAACAUCACACGGCUUCUCUUUCUCAGUCUCACCAUGAGGCCGCCGAUAUCGAAGUCCAGUCCUAUUCAAAUGUGGUCACUUCUUCAGCUCAGGAAUUCAGCAGCCAGUCAACCGGUGCCCAGGAAAAGAGUCUUCAAAGCCAGGCUGCGGUCACAUUGAGAGCCAAAGAUGUAAAGAAUAUUGAUGUUGCUCUGACGACACAGGAGGGGAAAACCAGCGCUUCUCCGCCCACAAAAAUUCCGAAGGUGACUCCGAGUUUCAAGGUGAAAACCUUCAAGAUGCCAACGGAGAAGAGGGAGGAGAAGUGUGAGAGUUCGGCCAAGAGCGAAAUGCAUUUACAGCAAGAGACACGUGUCGUGUCGCAGAAAACGUUAACAAGAGUGAAUCAGGAAAGCGGCCAAGUAACAAGUCAGAUGAGUGCACCUGUGAAGGAAGUCGAGGUGCACGUGAAAAAGGAGACUCACAAAAACGAGGCCGAAGCGAAGCUGUCACCAUCUGUUACAGUUUUAAUGCCGAAGAUGACAAAGAUAGCAUCUGCCGCGAGUCAUCAAGGACAAGGCCACUUCUCCGUCUCCCAGCAGAGCGUGAAGACAAAAGAGCGGAUUCAAAGACACGAGCAGCAGCAGCAGCAGCAGCAGGAGGUGGUGGUGGUGACGGAGAGCGGGUCGCAGCAGCAGGAGGUGGUGCAAACGAAGCGACAAGCAGCCGAGACAAACAAGAUGCAGGUAAAGGUCGGACACGCAAAACGUGAACCGGUGAAAGAGACGGGGAAAGUGGAAGUCACAGAUUUGGAGAAGUGUAACGUAAUGCGGAAGCUGCUCGCUGAAAUAAAAGAGCUGGAGGGAACGCCGAGCAGAAUAGACUGCAAGGCCGUCGGGGCGGUUGUAGACCAACUCGCCGAAUGGCUGAUGGGCUCGGAUGAGAGAAGGAAUUUAAGUGAGAUUGCAAAACAGCAGAGUAAGAAGAAGCUGAGAGAGAUGAUGGUGUACGUGAGAAAUAUUGUUCAAACAAAGCUCACGUUUUUGGAGGAGAACUUGAGAGUUGUGGAAAAGCGGGAAGAGGACGAACGGGAAGAAAAGCCAGCGCCACCUCCGCCGCCGGCGCCGCUCCCGAAACCUGACAAGAGAGUCUUCAGUGCAGCGACUGCGAAGAUGUCAAAGGUCAGCGUCGGCUCGUCCAAAACCGAAAAGAAGGUGGUGGAGGAGAAAAGGUCAUUUCAGGAGAGCAGGGUGCAUCAGGAGCUGAGUGAGACCUCCCGACUAGCGAGCAUCCGCACCCCGUCGCCCACUUUCAUCAGCAUCGAGUCGAGGAGGAUCGACUCGCCGCUACGAGUGACGCCUUCGCCUCCGCCCUACAAAUCUGUCGGCACGCCUCCGCCUCCUCCCCGCAGGUCGUACACGCCCACGGCCGCCUUGAGCAUGGCCACGCCCUCUCCCACGCUGAGCCGCUCGGAGAAGCUGAUGAAGCUGCGGGACACCACCUCCAAGCUGUCCCGGGCCGUGACCCCGCCGCCCCCGCUGCCCGCGACCGAGUGUUUUGCCGGCGAAAGAGAGCAACCGUCCCCGUUCAGUGACCGGGAGGCUCCCGUGGAGAAAAGUGGACAGGGGCCGGCGGACGUUGUGGAAACUGGCGACUCCAUGACGACGGUCAGGGACAAGAAGUCUUUCUUUGAGGAAGCGCAGAAGGCCGAGGUGAACAGGAUGUACAGUCGCAAGGACCCCAUCGACAUCCCGGAACGUCUGGGACCUGACUCGGAGGAGAGCGCCGAGGCCGCCAUCAUCGACCUCCUGAAAGACAAUCUCCCAAGAGUGGACUUGUCCAAGCUGGUGAACAGGUUUGAAUCUGCGAAACCAAAAGUCUACGCCAGAAAGGACCCCAUCGUCAUCACAGAGAGGCUGGGGAGUGACACGGAGGAGGCGGAGGCCGACGCACACGCGCCCAAACCCGAAGACGUGCCGACGCUCAACGUCAAGGCGAUUAAAGACGUGUUCGAGACGGGAGAGCACGGUUCUCAGGCGGCACGAGAGCUCAGAGAGCAGAUAGAGAGAAGAGAACCUACGCCGGUGGCCCACUCGGAAACCACGUCGGUCACCGAGCAAUUCUGCUGCACGGACGACGCAGGAUACACGACGAGCGAGAUGAGGAGUGAGAUGCAUGCUGGGAGCUCGCUGACCCGCGGCAGCCCUCCGUCCUACGCCGACGUGGUGCGAGGCAGCGUCCCGACGGUGGGCGUGGCCUCCGACGCCUCCGCCGAGGAGCUGCUGCGGAGCUUCCAGGAGUCGUGGGCCGAGAGCCAGGGGGUUUUCCAGAACCUGGGGUUCAGCGUCACGGAGCAGAGGAGCUCUCAGGUCGUGACGCGGCGCCAGGAGACGCUCGUGACGGAGAAUUCCAAUUCCCGAGUCCGAACUGUGCAGGGCGUGUCGGAAGAGGGUGUACCCCAUGGAGUCGCUGAUCGCCGACAAACACAACUUCCAUAAAAGCUGCUUCCGCUGUGAUCACUGCAGAGGCAAACUAAGUCUGGGCAACUACGCCUCUCUCCAUGGACGAAUGUACUGCAAACCUCACUACAAGCAACUGUUCAAGUCCAAAGGAAAUUACGACGAGGGAUUUGGACAGAAGCCGCACAAAGAACUAUGGAAUAAUAAGAACCAGCAGGAU